AUGGAUGCCAACGUCAACCCGACUCAGAUCCUGGGAAGGGAGCGAGUACUAUCUCAAACUUCCUCAACCUCGAGACACACAGACCUCAUAGCUGACGGAGAAAAUCAACACGCGCCAACACCAGAGGACAUCCUCUCUAUGCGUCUCGAUCCGGCUAGCCCUGCCUAUCGCGAUCCUCGCUGCUUGGAAAAACGCGAUACUCAGACACCACGAUCGAUGUCUCCGGCUGAUAAUGCCAUUCUCGAAGCCAGCGAUCAGGAAUCGGAGCUGAAGCCAUACCUAGCGCGGGAGGACGUGGUUGAGCUCGUCGCGGCCACGGACCAGGAGGCGUCAGGUACCAUACCGAGCCAGACUUCUGCCAGUGCCACGGACAAGGGAAUACUCAAGCCAACUCUAUCGUGGGCUACCGUUCCCGUGCUGGUCCUCGCCAUGUAUGCAACAGUGUUCUCUGGCAUCUUUCUCUGUAUCGCCCUCAUUAGGCCUCGCUGGGGACACAGGAUCGGCACAACAGGAGGUCUCCCGAUCUCGUCGGCGACCUUCAUCAGCGCGUUGCUCUCAAAGACCGUCGAACUUGCGUUUGUGACUGUGUUUGUCGCGGUUCUGGGUCAGAUCCUGACCCGGCGCGCUUUCUUACAUUUUGGGGACCUGGGAGGUAUCAGCAUUGCAGAGAUGUCCAUGAGGACGUGGAUCAUGCAGCCCGGUACCCUGAUCACAAACUGGCAGGGGGUUCGUUACGCAGGCAAGACGCUCCUCGGCGGCGUGGUCUUUGCUGCCGUGAUUGCUGCUACCCUCUAUACCACCGCGGCCGAAGCCUUGGUGGCACCCAAGCUGAAGCUUGGUCCCGUUGAGCGGAAACUCCUUUUCGGAAAGGUCAUGGCGACCUACGCCAAUAUUCAAUACUUCGAUUCACUCUGCCUCUCCGCAGUCACAGACAUAUAUGAAGGCCCUGAUGGACUGGAGCAGGUCCCCUGCGGGGUUGACGGCGACCUUGAAUGUCAAUACAACUAUACCUGCGUGCUGACGACCUAUAACGCCGAAAGUCUCAACAACUAUCGGAUGUUUGCGGCGAACUGGUCUACCUGGGGCCAGUCCAAUCAUCAGCAGACAGCGUCCUACGAGAACAGGCCAAUACCCAUCACUACAAUGUAUGACAGGACGAACACAACAAUCAUGGGACAAUUCAUCACGCCGGGGCGGGAGAACAUCACGGCGGACUCAGAGCGCCAUGGUCGUCUGGUCCAGAACUUGACCAUCGCUAUGCCUCACCUGAACGUCCUCAACGCCGUGCAGGACGCGAGAAACCACAUCAUCCAGCCUGCGGACCUUGUCGGCAGUGAGUACUUGAUCGAGGCAUCCGUGCCCGCGCCGACUUUGAAUGUGGUAUGUGUGGGCUUGUCAAGGUCAGAGGUGCUUCCUUUGGUGGUCAACAUGUCCGACGUGCCGGCCGACCAACAAGCCACCUUUGUCAAUCCGAACCCGACGGCGGUUGACGAGAUUUUCUCCUGGGCAAAUGCAUUUGAAAACAACGAUAAUCCUCCCACGCUUCCUCGACCGUACUUCCCGAGAAUCCCGAACGAGUUCGACACCGUUUCGUAUGUGCCGCCGAUAUACGGCCCCCCCGCGGUAUACAUUCUUGUGACACCCCCGAGGUUCACCGUCACCAAUGACCACGUCGUCUGCUCUAUACAGUCUGCCCAGUACUGGAACUGCACCACAUCGUAUCGUGCCGCUCUGGGUGCCGGGGACUUGUCUGUAUAUUGUGACGCGGAUUCACGGAACACCAUCCCCUACGGCGCCUCUGCCCCGAACGCCGGGCCUUACCAGCCGGAGCAAGACUGGAAGGACGUCGGGGCCGACUGGUUGACGGCGAUAGGCCUAGCGGACGGCGCGAAGGUCAACAGUAAUCUUACCACCCUCGCGCGCAUCGUCAACCAAUUCAGCCCGCGUUUCGUGGCGGGCGAGCCGACGUACCUCCCCAGCAACCGACCAUCCAUCGCCGAGGCGUUGGGGGUGCUUGCCAUGGGCACGCUAGCACGCAUGUCCAUCAACUCCCCGUUCCUCAAUUUCUGGAACUAUUCGAUCGCCAUUCUGGAGGAGCCACAGUACCAAAACUUCCACGCCCGCCACACCUUCGUGGACUACUCGUCCAGCGCCUCCCAGCCCUGGCAGAAUCUCUUCUACGUCGUGCUGUUCCUUGUCUUCGUGCUCAGCGCCGCCUCGACUGCCUACUUGUACCUGACCAUGCACUCCGGGAUCGUGACCGACUACACCGAGCCGCAGGCCCUGUUCGCCGUGGCGAUCAACUCGCCGCCCUCGGCGGUCAUGGCGGGGACAUCCGUCGGCGGGCCUAGGGGCGAAGUCCUGGGGAAGAAGUGGCUCAUCGAGAUGCACGAGUCGGAAGCAAGGAGAGGGGGAGAUGAUGGCGACGAGGCGUCGUCUUCGCCGUCGGCGCACGCAGACCAGGUUUCAAAUCACGCAGACCGCCAAGGUUGUCCACAUCUCUUCCUUCGGUGCAAAGAGGCGGAGGAGGGCGGACAGGGCGAGGACCGCGAUGGAGAGGAGGUGGAGAAGGAGCAGGAGGAGGAGGAAGUAUUGCCUCGCAAGAGGCGCUUCGGCACGCUGCCAUUGAGGACAAGUUGGACGUCAAUCGCCAGUGGCUGGCACCACCCACCGGGAACAGCGCGACUCCCCAAGGCCAGCACCGUCGCCGAGCAGUAUCGCAGGCUGGCCCGAGUAGAGUAG